AUGCCAACCAAUCUACCCUCGAGUUUCGCUUCGGCUGCUGCCGGCCAGAACGCGAACCGCGAUUCCAGGACCGGCCGACCUGAUGGUCGCAGCGCUGUAGGCGGCGACUGGGCACGUCGAGAUGGCCGCCCCGCGAACGGAACCAUGACAUUUCGCCGCUCCUCGACAACCCCCCUUGGGCAUGCCAUGCAGACCGCCCCUCCAACAGAACUUGCUGCCCAGCCUACAUCCGGGGAGCUUGCUGGCGGGGUUGGCAAUUUCGAGUCCGAGCCGAGCCGCUACACCAAAGAUAAUCUCUUGGACGUGUUCCGCGCUCAGAAGAUGACUGAAGAUCCCUCUCGCCUGUUCAUUUCCGGCUGGGACCCUAGCCACAUCAAUGGAAACAGCGGCAGGGGUUGGGGCAAGAGCAACGAGAACCACAUUCCUCAAGAACCCGGUGCCUGCUGGGACCAGAAUGGCGAGACGGUCCCGAUGGGUUUGCAGGAGUACUCUCCGGAUGAGAAAGAGGCCUUUUCGAACGACAUCAACUCCCCGCUCAAGCCUCCGACGCAGAACAAGGAAUCUCACCAACCGAACGGUAGCGGUCGCAAACCGUCCAUCUCGCACGGAGCAGGUAACGCAUACGGUGUCACGUCACCGUCAUCCGCGACUAGACCGUCUACCCGCCGGCGCGAAACUGUCGAUUCAAAUCCCUUCAGCAGCUCUGGGCUGGGUUCUCCGACUGCCCCAGGCAGAUUCUCGAGAGACGAUCAGACCUAUUGGUUCAACCGAAAAGCAGGUGACUCUAAAGAUUCGGAGGCUGAGGAUCAAUCUGCGGACCAGACUCGUGAUCAGGCGAAAUCGACCCUGCCUAGUCUCCUGCGGGCUAACACUGCAGGCGCCGCAGCAAUGAGCUCUAUUUGGCCUCCUUCCAACCCGAGCACGCCCGGUGCCGGGGGCUUUGGAAAUUUCUCCAUCGGAUCCUCGGCUGUUGGCGACAAGCGUGUUGGCGCCGCGGGGGGGAGUAGACUUGCUCAUCUUAUGCCGAAAGAAAGCUCUGAGAAUAUGAGCGGCAGAGCUUCUGAGACCAACGCCUCUACCGGACAGCAGCAGCAGCAACAGCAGCAGCAGCCGCCGGUAUGGAGAACACGGCCACGGACUGAUACCGAUCCCUUUGGGGAGGAUGAGCUAUCAGGCAGCGCGAUGCUUGGGGGGUCCCAGGACACCAACCCGGGUGGCAACCGUGCCGCUCUAGGGACACCUGUCAAGAGCUCUGCUGGUGACUUCGGUAUGGCGGGCCUGAAUCUUGAUGCUGAUGACGAUCCCAACAGCCCAUCGGAGACAAACCCAUAUCGCAGUCCCGCGAACCGUGACGAUGGAGAGUCCAGCAAUGAAAACAAGCACUACGGCGGCGCUCCCCAAGAGCAUAGCGCAAUCUUUGGCGCUUUGCCCAGAAACUUUGGCCCCGGUGCUUUUGAUGGAAGCGACCGCAGCCAGACAUCAAGCGUCGGAGGAAAAGGCUAUCCACUCGGUCACUUGUCUGGGUGGCCUGCUCCUGCUUCUGGUCCUUCAACUGGAACCCCGGAUCGCGAUCGUUCUACCUAUGGGGCCGCCUUCGGAAACUCUCUCUUUGGAAACAUGGGUGAGCUGCAAUCGCCCGGUCUCGGUAACCUAGGCAACGUGUUUGGUCCUUCAGCUUCUGGCGGCCUCGGUGCUGCCAGCAUUGGGCGUGGUAGCAAGCUUGGCUCUUUGUUCCCCGCCACUAUGCAGGCCCAGAUGCAAAACAAUGAUCAUGAGUCUGGUGGCGAUGGCUCUGAUCUCCGCCAGGGAAACCCUCUCGGUGCGAUCGGCCGCGGCAACUUUCCGGGACCUCCCAGGGAUACGGACAGCCCGAUGCGCUCGAAUCGUGGUGUUUUCGAGGAACUUUUCCCGUCCAGUGAUGCAAACCAGAGACUUGCUCACAUGAUUGGCUCUGACGGUAGUCAGGGGCCUGCCGGCCAGUCCUAUACUCCUCUUCCUGGCGGUCUACCAUUUGGUGGGCCUGCCCCAAGUGACCUAUCCUCAGCCCAGAAUCGCCAAAUGGUGAUGCCGGACCGCAUGCGAUGGGUAUACUUGGACCCCCAGGGCCUUGUUCAAGGACCAUUUACCGGCCUAGAGAUGAAUGAUUGGUACAAGGCCAAUUUCUUCACUCCAGACCUUCGUGUGAAGAAAGUAGAGGAUCCCGAAUUUGAACCCCUCGGUCAGCUCAUCCGUCGCAUAGGUAAUUCGCGUGAGCCAUUCCUUGUUCCUCAAAUCGGGGUUGCUCAUGGGCCUCCUGUACAGGCCGGUGGAUAUAACGGCAACGCCGGGGUCAUUCCGCCUCUAAGUGGCGUUUUUCCAAGUUUUGGGAGAACUCUCACAGCUGAGGAGCAAAACAACUUGGAGCGCCGCAAACAGGAGGAGCAGUACAUCAUGGCCCAGCAGAGAGACUACGUUAUGCGCCAACAGGCAAUGCCAAAAUUUCCAAUUCACAACCCGGGGCUGCAACACCACUCUAGUGCCCAAAGCCUGCAGAGCCAGCCAAGCUUUGGAAACAUGAGCAACCCAAACCAGCAGCCACCUGCCCUCGGAGGCUUGGGUUCUUUUUUGGAUCUUGGAGGCGGGCCGAUGCUCCAUUCGAGAGCGGGAAACGAACAGUUUCGCCAGGAGGAUAUCCUAAAUUUGAGCGGUCAUGAGCGCCAGAUGCUGGCUGCUGCCAUGGGUGGAAACGAAGCAGCUACUUUGGGAGACCAAGCCAGCAGUGAAGGUCUGCGUGCCGGUCUCCCACAUACCGGCCAGCUUUCUGAAGACUCUGAAGGAUUUCGAGGCCGUCUUCAAGAGUUUGAAGGUCUCCGUGCCCAACAUGAGGCUGAGCAGGCCGCCAAGGCCGAAGAGGAAGCGCAGGCUGCUGCUGCUGCUGCUGCCCGGGGCUCCGAGCCUCCUGCUGCUACCAGCCGACAGUCUGGUAAAGCUGCAAGGAAGAAGAGGCAUUCAGAGGAUGAGUCUUUGUCUCUCACUGAGCAGGUUCAGAUCGCUCAAGCUGCUGCUGCGGAAUAUUUCCUGCCUGAAGUUCCUGCGCAGCCGGGUAUGCCCAUGCCAUUCCCUCCACCAUCCUCAGGCACGCCUCUACCUGCUCCCACUGCGCAGCGUGCACGGUCCAAUCUGCCUGAGCAGUAUAGCAGAUCUCAGACAGCCACACCCGAAGUUGUUCAGCCACCGCCACUAGCACCAUGGGCCAAGGAGCCUGGUCAGGAAGGACAGCGCGGUCCCAGCCUAAAGGAAAUCCAGGAAGCCGAGGCACGCAAGGCUGCCAGGGCUGAGGAGCUUGCCACGGCCCAGAGAAAGGCCGCUAUGGAGCAAGAGGGUGCUCUGCUGCGCGAGCGGGAAAGAACUGCGGCUGCGGCAGCCACCGCCGCGGCCCUGCCAGCAUCUAGUACCUGGGGCCAUGGCUCACCAGCGGCGGGGUCAACCCCGUGGGCUAAGCCCGGACCUCAAAAAGGAGUUGGCAUUCCCACCUCCGUCUCGGUUUCAUCUUUGAGUAAGAAGACUCUGGCUGAGAUUCAGCGAGAGGAGGAAGUACGCAAGCAAAAGGCCAUGCAGACAGCCAUUCAAAUCGGUGCUCCCGCCAGCGCUACCAAGAGCUACGCCAACCUGGCGAGCAAGACAAACCCGGCUGGUAUCCCCGGUGUGCCAUCUCCCGCUGCCCCCCCUGGCGUUGGUUGGGCGACAGUCGGGGCUGGCGGCAAGGUUAAAGCUCCAACUGGUCCUGCUUUACCAGUCAGAUCUUCCAGCACCGCCAACGCGAAGUCCGCGCCUGUCGUAGCUCGACCGAGCCCGAAGCCCAGCCCUGGUCUGGUCACGCAACGCGCUGGAGCUGCGAACAGCGGCAACACUGCCAUUGACGAGUUCAGCGCAUGGACAUUCCGAGAGCUUUCCCGUGGCAUCACAACUGAUGUUGCGAGCUUUCAGUCGACCUUGGAGGCGCUUCCUCUUGACACCGGUCUGAUUGCCGACGCCGUUUAUGCCAGUUCCACGACUAUGGAUGGUAGACACUUUGCAGAAGAGUAUGUUCGCCGCAAGAAGCUCGCUGAGAAGGGUAUUUUCGAGAAGCAAGCUUCGGACAACCGAAGCUCCUCGGGCGGUUGGAACGAAGUGGCCAAGAAGAGCAGCGGCAGUAGCAGCAGUACUCAGCCUCCCCGCGAGCCAGAAGGACCCCCGUCCGCAAUGCAGGGAACGGGCUUCAAGGUUGUCCCGAGUAGAAAAAAGGGCAAAAAAUAG